AUGCAUCAGAGUCCACAUGAGGUAACUAGUGUUAUCUCUCUCAGCAACUCCUCAGUAUCACGCCGUAUUGAUGAGAUGGCAGCUGAUGUUGAAAACCAAUUACUAGUCUCCAAACUGCAGGUGAAUGAUUUUUCGCUUCAACUCGAUGAAUCAACUUUACCUGAUAAUUCUGCUCUUCUGAUGGCAUUUGUGAGGUUUCUUGAUGUUAAUGAUUAUGAUUCAAGGGAAUGCUUUUUUGCAUUGAAAUUAACGACUGACACCAAAGGAGAAUCCUGCUGCCAUGAUUGGAAGGCUGUCAACUUGAUUAAAAAAAGUGCACUGCGAGAUUGCCUCUUUCAGCAAUUAUGUGAAAAGAACAAUGAAGAAUUUGAACGACUUUUGUUGCACACUGAAGUCAGAUGGCUCUCAAAAGGUAAUUGCCUGCAUUGUUUUGUUGCACUUUGGGACAGUGGUAUCUCUUUCUUGAGUGGGACAAAACUUGGACAGAAACUUGUUGAUGCAAAGAGUGACAUCUUCUACCUGUCUGACAUAUUUGAAAAGCUAAAUGCUCUGAACAAAGAGCUUCAAAGAAAUGACUCCAACCUAUUUUCCUGUAAGGAGGCAAUUACUGCAUGUAAAGGGAAACUCAAGCUGUUCUGGCUGAACCUUGGAAGACGGGAGUUUGCACAGUUUCCUUCCUUGGCAGUUAUAUCUACCGAGCUGCUUGAUGAUGACCUAGCAGUGUAUGUUGACCAUCUGAAGCAGUUGCAUAAUGAUAUGGAAACUCGCUUCUCAGACCUACUCCAAAUGACUGUGCCACACUGGUUUGUGGAUCCCUUCAUUGCUGAUGCAUCUGAAGUUGAUGUCACCCAACAAGAAAGUUUCAUUGAACUUCAGAAUAACACAACAGCUCAAGCAAGGUUCAAGUGUGGAGGACACCAGAAGCUGUGGAUGAACCAAGAUGUGUUUAAGAAGUACCCACAACUCUGGAAUGAUGUGAAGUUGCUCUUACUUGCCUUUCCCACGUCUUACUUGGUUGAGACUGGUUUCAGUUGGGUGAUGUACCUGCUGUCAGACACGAAAUCGCCUUGA